GUCGAAGCAAUAAACAAUUGGCUCUAUGUUGAUAGGGCGACAAGUAUCUAGAAAAGGUCUUCAUUUCUUUCCAUUGACUGCUGGUCGGUCUACGAGUAGAAGGUCUAUUCAUUGGAAUCCUUUUGUCCAGACCUACAAAGAAUAUCUUCGCGAGGCUCAACCCGUGCCGUCGCAGAGGAGGUCAUCGAAUCAUCGCGGCGGAAACCCGGAUAUUUCGUCGCCGGGCGAAUACGAUGCGGAGAGUAUAGCAACGUCGAUAGAAGGAAAACUCAAGAUGAUGAAAGCUCACCCUUCCAAGCGGAAGAAGUUCAGUCGAGCACAGAUUGAAGGCACCCCGGAGGAAGUUCUCACCUUUGAAACGCAGAAGCUAUUGCGCAAAGCUGCAUCGGAGCGUGUGGAGGUCGAAACGAAUGACGACUCAAAAUCCUCCUCCUCAUUUACUCCCCCGGAGCCUGGGACACAGCUCGAACUCGAGAUUGUGGAGCUUUCAUCGACGGGCGACGGGUUGGCAUUUUCUCCCGAUCAGAAACACAUCUACGUCGUCCCGUUUUCUGUCCCGGGAGAUUUAGUACUGGCGGAAACCGUCAGGCAGAAGCCACAUCCGACGCACACUUUUGUGUCAUUUGUCAAGCUUGUGCGACCGUCCCCAAAGCGCGAGGGUGUGACACCGGGUUGCAAAUACUUUUCACAGUGUUCAGGAUGUCAACUCCAGAUGAUCCCCUACGAGGAGCAACUCAAGCACAAGAAGACGAUCGUGGAAAAGGCGUUUCAAAACUUCUCCAACCUCGACCCGUCGCUGAUCCCACCCGUCGGCGAGACCAUAGGAUCACCGCUGCAAUACGGAUACAGGACGAAACUUACGCCUCACUACGAUGGCCCUCCCAAGAGAAAUCCAAAGUUCUGGCCCGACGAUCCGCCUCCGAUAGGCUUCCACACGAAGAACCGUAGGGUUCUCGACAUCGAACAGUGUCCCAUAGGCACACCUAUCCUCAAUGAAGGCAUGGCGGUCGAGCGGAAAAAGGCCCACGAGACAUACAAGACACGCAAAAACGGCGUGACCAUUCUUCUCCGGGAAUCCACAAAGCGCGUCAUGAAAAGAUCCUCGUCUCCCUCGUCCUCCUCCGCGAACGGCGACGCUCCGUCGGCGGCGACGACGACGACGACGGACUCAAAAACCAAGACCGACGCUCCUAAGCGUGCGACGUCCCUCGUCCCGCCUUCCGCCAGCAAAGUCCGAACAGGCGACCGUGACUACACCGUCAUCCCUGUGCCCGAACCGACCGAGGAAUCCCACCACAUCCGCCUCCCAGACGCUCCCGAGAUCACGUACACGUACCCAACGCACAAGGACAUCAAGACGUACACGUCUCUCACCCACGACUUCACCACCGAGUACGUGGGCGACUUCACGUUCGUGUCGCGGGCAAACAGCUUCUUUCAGAACAACAAUUCCAUCCUGCCCACGUUUAUGAACUACGUCCGCGAGCACUGCACACCGUCGUCGUCGCCGCCGAGCACGGACGCCCCGACGCAGGCGGGCGGCACGGCGACGGACCCGCCCACGAUCGCGGCCGACAAACCCAUCAAGUACCUCCUCGACGCGUACUGCGGGAGCGGCCUCUUCGCCGUGUGCCUGUCGCCCCUCUUCAGCUCCGUGUUGGGCAUCGACAUCGACGCCAUGGGGGUCGAGGCGGCCCGCGAGAACGCCAAGCUCAACCACAUCCCCAACGCGGGCUUCAUCGCCGCCGACGCCGACGUGCUCUUCGCCGACGUCCCCUUCCCCCCCGACCAGAGCCUGGUCGUGAUCGACCCCCCCCGCAAGGGCGCCAGCGUCGACUUUCUCCGGCAGCUGUGCAACUUCGGGCCCCGCCGCGUCGUCUACGUGAGCUGCAACGUCCACACCCAGGCCAGGGACGUCGGCAUGCUCGUCACCGGCCUGGGCACGGGGAAGUGGAGGUACGAGAUCGAGAGCCUCCGGGGGUUCGACUUUUUCCCCCAGACCGGCCACGUGGAGGGGCUGUGCUUUUUGAACAGGGUGCCGCAGGCAAAUUCAUCCGGGGCACGGUGAGUGAGAGCGGACAGAUAAUAGGCUCGACGCCUGCCUCAUCUUUCUUUCUAUUCUCCGAGACGAAAAGUCCCUCUUCCAAACACAGAAGCUCAAAAAAAAG